AUGGAUUUGGAAACUAACAAACGGUACAAAGGUAGUCGACUCACGCGCAAGUCACCGGCGUCGUAUGCAGACGGAGUUUACAUGAUGGCGGGUGCCGAUCGACCUGGAGCCAGAGCGCUCUCCAAGCUGUUUAUGAAAGGACCAGAUGGGUUGCCUUCAUUGGCCAACAGAACAGCGCUACUGGCAUUUUUUGGGCAAAUUGUGACGGGUGAGAUAGUGAUGGCUUCAGAAUCGGGUUGCCCGAUAGAACACCAUCGAAUCCCUGUGGAUAAAUGCGACCAUAUGUAUGAUGCUGAGUGCCAAGGUGCCAAAUACAUGCCCUUUCUACGAGCUGCCUACGAUCGAAACACGGGACAAAGUCCAAACAGCCCUAGAGAACAGAUAAAUCAAAUGACAUCUUGGAUCGACGGCAGCUUCGUGUACAGCACUAGCGAGGCGUGGAAUGGAAGUUUAGCAAGUGAAGGUGGCAUGCCACUGAAGAAUAAGAAACGAGUGCCGCUUUUUAAUAAUCCGGUUCCACAUUACAUGAGGAUGCUCAGCCCGGAAAGGUUGUUUUUAUUAGGGGAUCCUCGCACGAACCAAAAUCCAGCAAUGGUAACGUUUGGUGUGUUACUUAUGCGCUGGCACAACGUGGUAGCAGCACGAGUUCAUCGCCAGCAUCCAGACUGGAGCGAUGAACAAUUAUUCCAGAGAGCAAGGCGGAUCGUCAUUGCUAGUUUACAGAACAUAAUUCUGUACGAAUACGUACCAGCUUUCUUGGGUGUACCGAUCCCUCACUAUGAGGGGUAUAAGGCCGAAGUGGCUCCAGGAGUGACGCACGAGUUCGCAGUUGCCGCUUUCCGUUUUGGCCACACUUUGGUGCCUCCUGCUAUAUUGCUAAGAGACAGAAAUUGCAGAUACGGAAGAGCUCCUGGUGGGCAUGAUGCUAUCAGACUGUGUCAGACAUGGUGGGAUGGUAACGUAAGUAGAACUCGUUAGCAACUCGAAUAUUAUUGAUUAAAUUACCCGCGUAUGAUUUAGCUUCUCAUAGAUGAAAGAAUUUAAAUCAGUCCAGUAGUUUCAAAGCCUUUUAAAUACAAACAAACAAUCAGAAUUUCAUGGCUAUAGCAGCAAUAGAAUUACCCAGGUAGCCAGUCUAUUAACGAUGUAGUAUCUCAAGUUCCAAUAGAGGAAAUAUUGAUGGGUAUGGCAUCUCAAUUGUCUGAAAGAGAAGAUGCACUCCUUUGCUCUGAUGUACGAGAUAACUUAUUCGGGCCAAUGGAAUUUUCGAGGAGGGACCUUGGUGCUCUGAAUAUUAUGAGGGGAAGAGACAAUGGCUUACCUGAUUACAACACAGCCAGAGAAUAUUUCGGUCUACCCAAAAUAAAAACAUUCAACGAAAUAAAUCAACAGCUUUUUGAAAAUAAUCCAGAUUUACUUCAGAAACUGAUACAAGUUUAUGAUGGAAAACUCGAUAAUAUUGAUGUUUACGUUGGUGGGAUGUUAGAAUCAACAGGCCAUCCUGGUGAAUUAUUUAGAGCUAUCAUUAUAGACCAGUUUACUAGAAUAAGAGAUGCAGACAGAUUUUGGUUUGAAAAUGAGAAGAAUGGGUUAUUUACGCCUGAGGAAAUUGAGGAGCUUCGACACGUCACAAUGUGGGAUAUCAUAGUUAACAGUACAGCUGUUGGUCCAAGAGACAUACAAAAGGACGUGUUUCAUUGGAGCACUACGGAUCCAUGUCCACAACCAUAUCAACUAAAUGCGUCUAAAUUGCCACCCUGCAAAUAUCUGAAAGGAUAUGAUUAUUUUGAGGGUAACGAAUUCGCGUACAUUUACACAUGCUUAACGCUUGCAUUCGUCCCACUACUAUGCGCCGGCGCCGGCUACGGAGUCGUCAAGUUGCAGAACAGACGACGUCGCCGUCUUAAGAUCCAACAGGAGCAUCUAAAGAAUGCACAGUAUAAAGGAUCAGUGGAUAAGAUGGUGUGCCGCGAAUGGGUCCACGCUUCGUUAAAGCGUCUCGUUAAGCUCCGAUUGGGCCCAGAACCUGCAUUACAUGAGGGGCGCACGAAUAAGCGUCCGUUGGUGUUGAUACGUGCUGCGCGUGAGCAUGAUCUCGUGCUGGAGAUGGACUCGGUGGCGUCGCGUCGUAAGUUCCUCGUAAAACUCGAUACCUUCCUCGCGCAACAUAAGAAGGGCCUCAGCCUUUCACAGGGUCAUCGUGAUCAAAUCUUAGCUACAGCUGAGACAAGAGAAAGAAGACAAAGGAAACUGGAACACUUCUUCAGAGAAGCUUAUGCUAUUACAUUCGGUUUGGCACCUGGAGAGAAACGAAGAAGAUCAGAGGAUGCUGACCCCGAGUCAAUAGUGAUGAGGACUUCAUUGUCAAAGAGUGAAUUUGCGAGUGCUCUAGGUAUGAAAGCGGAUGCAGUGUUUGUGAAGAAGAUGUUUAACAUUGUUGAUAAAGAUAGUGAUGGAAGAAUUUCAUUUCAGGAAUUUUUAGAUACGGUCGUGCUAUUCUCCCGCGGUGCUACUGACGACAAGUUGCGUAUAAUAUUCGACAUGUGCGAUAAUGAUCGUAACGGCGUCAUAGACAAGGGAGAACUUAGCGAAAUGCUUCGCUCAUUAGUGGAAAUCGCCAGGACAACAUCGUUAAGAGACGAACAUGUCACAGAACUUAUAAAUGGAAUGUUCUCGGACGCAGGCCUUCAGCAUAAAGAUCACCUCACAUACUCCGACUUCAAAGUAAUGAUGAAAGAAUACAAAGGAGAAUUUGUUGCCAUAGGAUUAGAUUGUAAAGGUGCUAAACAAAACUUUUUGGAUACUUCCACUAACGUUGCGCGUAUGACAAGCUUCCACAUAGAGCCAUCUAUGGAAUCGUCCAGACACUGGCUUCUACUAAAAUGGGAUUAUCUUACCACAUUCCUGGAAGAGAACAGGCAGAACAUAUUUUACUUGUUCGUGUUCUAUGUAGUGACGAUUGGGUUGUUUGUGGAAAGGUUUGCUCACUAUUCUUUCAUGUCGGAGCAUUUGGAUUUGAGGCACAUAAUGGGAGUUGGAAUUGCUAUUACAAGAGGAUCGGCAGCUUCACUAUCAUUCUGCUACAGUCUGCUUCUGUUGACUAUGUCAAGAAAUUUACUAACGAAACUAAAGGAGUUCAGCAUUCAACAAUAUAUUCCGUUAGACUCCAGCAUUCAGUUCCACAAAAUCGUCGCAUGCACAGCUCUGUUCUUCUCGCUGCUUCAUACCGCAGGACAUAUGGUGAACUUCUACCAUGUGUCUACUCAGCCAGUAGAAAAUUUACGCUGCCUCACCAAGGAAGUACAUUUUACUUCAGACUUUCGCCCUGGUAUCACCUACUGGGUGUUUCAAACCGUCACAGGUAUCGUAUUAACAACAACCUUUGUGGUUUCACUAAGAACAAAAUACUUAGCACUGGACGUACUGGAGACGGAAAUGCUGCCUUCGGACGUUAUAAAAAUUAAAUUCUACAGACCGCCAAACCUAAAAUAUUUAUCGGGUCAAUGGGUUCGAUUAGCUUGUACAGCAUUCAAAAAAGAGGAGUUCCACUCAUUCACUCUGACGUCAGCACCUCACGAGAAUUUCCUCUCGUGUCAUAUUAAAGCUCAGGGACCGUGGACGUGGAAGCUGAGAAAUUAUUUUGACCCUUGCAACUACAAUCCCGAGGACCAACCCCAAAUCAGGAUUCAAGGUCCGUUCGGUGGUGGUAACCAGGAUUGGUACAAGUUCGAGGUGGCAGUGAUGGUUGGAGGCGGUAUAGGCGUCACGCCGUACGCGUCUAUACUCAACGAUCUUGUUUUCGGUACAUCCACCAACAGAUAUUCUGGUGUCGCCUGCAAAAAGGUGUAUUUCCUGUGGAUAUGUCCGUCGCACAAGCAUUUCGAAUGGUUCAUAGACGUUCUGCGCGACGUUGAGCGUAAGGAUGUCACAAACGUCUUAGAGAUACACAUCUUUAUUACGCAAUUCUUCCACAAAUUUGACCUCAGAACAACUAUGCUGUAUAUCUGCGAGAAUCACUUCCAGCGAUUAUCUCGCACCUCCAUGUUCACUGGACUGAAGGCUGUAAACCACUUCGGCCGUCCGGAUAUGUCAUCGUUCCUAAAGUUCGUACAGAAGAAACACAGCUAUGUGUCAAAGAUCGGCGUCUUCUCUUGUGGACCCAGGCCGCUCACCAAAUCCAUCAUGUCUGCAUGCGAGCAGGUGAACAGGACCAGGCGUCUGCCUUACUUCAUUCAUCACUUCGAGAACUUCGGAUAAAAUUAUUUCCUCAAAUUCAGUUCUACUUUACGUUACCUGCCAUUUCUGUUAUUAAAUAUUUUUAUGUAUCCAAAUUAAGGUAAUAUUUGAUUUUUUUAUAUAUUGAGAUAUCGGUUACCAACACAGUUACCAACUUGUCACCGUUUUAUAUCAUUUUAAAAGCGUAAUUUUCAUUCAAUUUAAGUCUUAGAAUUUGG